GGAUUCAGGCUGACGGGAGCGCGCACUACGCACUAGUCUGAGUGAGACAUAAUCCGAAGAGGGUGUGAGAACGGGCCAUCGAGAUUCAACAGAUUUACACAUUAUUUUCACAUCUUUCAAGUCAACAUGCGUGAAAUAGUGCAUCUUCAGGCGGGCCAGUGCGGGAAUCAGAUCGGAGCGAAGUUCUGGGAGGUGAUCAGUGACGAACACGGCAUUGACCCCACCGGCAGCUAUCAUGGAGACAGUGACCUGCAGCUAGACCGCAUCAGUGUUUACUACAACGAAGCCUCUGGGGGAAAGUAUGUCCCUCGUGCCAUCCUUGUGGAUCUCGAGCCGGGAACCAUGGACUCGGUUCGCUCCGGGCCUUUUGGGCAGAUAUUCAGACCUGACAACUUUGUUUUUGGUCAGAGCGGAGCGGGUAAUAACUGGGCUAAGGGUCAUUACACGGAGGGCGCCGAACUGGUGGACUCGGUGAUGGACGUGGUUCGCAAGGAAGCUGAGAGCUGCGACUGCCUGCAGGGUUUCCAGCUCACACACUCGCUCGGAGGAGGAACCGGCUCCGGCAUGGGAACGCUUCUCAUCAGCAAGAUCCGCGAGGAGUAUCCCGACCGCAUCAUGAACACCUUCAGCGUGGUGCCGUCUCCCAAAGUGUCGGACACAGUCGUGGAGCCCUACAACGCCACGCUGUCCGUCCACCAGCUGGUUGAGAACACAGACGAGACCUAUUGUAUCGACAACGAAGCGUUGUACGACAUCUGCUUCCGCACGCUUAAACUUACCACGCCCACGUACGGCGAUCUUAACCACCUCGUCUCGGCCACAAUGAGCGGCGUCACCACCUGCCUGAGGUUCCCCGGACAGUUGAACGCCGAUCUUCGUAAACUGGCGGUCAACAUGGUGCCCUUCCCCCGCCUCCACUUCUUCAUGCCCGGCUUCGCUCCUCUCACCAGCAGGGGGAGCCAGCAGUACCGCGCGCUCUCCGUUCCCGAGCUCACCCAGCAGAUGUUCGACGCCAAGAACAUGAUGGCAGCGUGCGACCCGCGCCACGGACGCUACCUAACCGUGGCCGUCGUUUUCCGCGGACGCAUGUCCAUGAAGGAGGUAGACGAGCAGAUGCUGAACAUCCAGAACAAGAACAGCAGCUACUUUGUGGAGUGGAUCCCAAACAAUGUGAAGACGGCGGUUUGCGACAUCCCGCCACGUGGGCUCAAGAUGUCGGGAACCUUUAUCGGUAACAGCACUGCCAUCCAGGAGCUGUUUAAGCGCAUUUCCGAGCAGUUCACUGCCAUGUUUCGCCGCAAGGCUUUCCUGCACUGGUACACCGGCGAGGGAAUGGACGAGAUGGAGUUCACAGAGGCCGAGAGCAACAUGAACGACCUGGUGUCCGAGUACCAGCAGUACCAGGAAGCCACUGCCGAGGAGGGAGAGUUCGAGGAGGAGGGUGAAGAAGAGGCCGCCUGAUCGCCAUCUUGUCCGCCAAGUCAAGUCUCAUCACCUUUAUUUAUAUUAUUUAUAUAGCGCUUUAUCCAAUACGGUUCGUUUUCAAAGCAGCUUUAUAGUAAUAAACGGUAAAUAAAAUGAUGCAUUCCGGCUGUUGUUCAGCUCAGAUGAGUCGGUUCGGUGUUGAUUCAGUUUCGUUUUAAAGAUCAUCAAUUAUGAAAUUAGUUAAGUUCGUCUUUUAAGCAGUUCUGCAAACAAAAUUGAAAAUUCAUCGUCCAGCUCUGCGUUAGUCCAGUCGGAUAUCCAAUAAUGUUGAGUAUUAAAUGUCUCGGUCCAGUUUUGUUAAGCAAAGGAAAUCCACUCAAAUUCUUGUGUGAUUCUAACUCUUCUGUGAUUCUAGCCCUUUCCUCAUUUUGUUAAAAUGACCAUGGAUUCACUGAAUAAAGACAUGACAAAACUGAAA